AUGUCUUCCACGACGAUGAUGGUCGACAGUACCUCUGAAACGGUAUCUGCGAUAGCAUCAUGUAUUAAUCUCACUCCAGAUAAGAAUGGUUAUGUACCUGCAUCGGCUUGCAAUGCCAACUAUAACUUCGAUCCAUCAUUUACCGCCGCAAUCAUUUUUACACUACUUUUCUUCAUAGUUACAAUAGCCCAUAUAUAUCAAGCAUUCUAUCACAAGAAGUUGAGACUAUGCUGGGUAUUGAUCAUGGGAUGUGUAUGGGAACUAGUGAGUUUUGCCAUACGAUCAGCGAGCACCAAGAUGCAACAAAAUAUUGUUCUGGCCACCGUCUCUCGAAUUUUCGGUUUAUUGGCUCCCCUGUGGAUCAAUGCAUUUGUGUAUAUGGUUCUCGGUCGAAUGAUUUACUUUUUUAUUCCUGACCAGAAGGUUUGGGGCAUGAGGGGCAUUCGGAUAGCCAAGGUCUUUAUAUGGCUUGAUGUGAUAUUUUUCAUAGCGCAACUUGCUGGUGCUGUGUUAAUAAGUCCUGGCGCCGAGCACACCACCCUAAAGAUUGGUAUCCACAUCUACAUGGGCGGUAUUGCAUUCCAAGAAUUAUGCAUCGUAAUCUCUACAGCCAUCGCCAUACAAUUCCUGUUCAUCAUGCAGCAACGCGAAAAAUCCAUUGGAGUCAGCACCAACCAGAUAUUAGACCAAAGACAUCGCAAUUGGCGACCCCUCCUCUCCAUGAUAUUUGCCUCUCUCGCACUCAUCACCACUCGAAUCAUCUACCGCCUCAUAGAAUUCUCCUCCGGUUUCGAUCCAAUGGAAAACCCAAACCCAAUCUCAUAUCAUGAAUGGUAUUUCAUGGUUCUAGACCCUUUACCCAUGUUAAUUGCAGUCGCAUUGAUCAAUAUGGUACAUCCGGGCAGAAUAUUAGUCGGGGAAGGAAGUGAGUAUCCUCGAUUAUCGAGCAGAGAAAAGAAGGGAGUGAAGAGAUUGCAAAAAAUGGAUAGUAAAGCUGCAAAGGAUGAAAAGAGGGCGAUUAAAUUGGGUAGGAAAGAUGAUGUGGUGUAUAUUGGCUUGAAUGAACAACAGAGUGGUAAGUCGGAUGGCUAUGAAGAGAAUACUAGGUAUCCGGGUCAUAGUUAUAGGUAG